CGAAAAGUUGAAAAAACAAAGGAAAAAUUUUUAAAUUUUAUCGCGCAGAUUCUUAAAAAUGGCAAAACUUGUACCGUGAACUCAAAAAGCGCGUAAAAAAUUAUUAAAAUUGAUUGAAAUUCUUUAAAAAGUAGUUCUAACAAGAAUUUUGGGUCAAAAAUGAUGCAACAAAGAUUUUCAAUUGUCGAAUAUUAUGGCGAAGGUCCGGGACAUCGUUGCGGAUAUUGCAAAAGUUCAUCGACAAGCUUGUCGCACGGAAUGUGGAGUCAUAUACUCACAGCGCAAGAUUAUCAAGACUUGAUAAAUCGCGGUUGGCGUCGUUCCGGGAAAUAUUGCUACAAACCGAAUAAUAAGAGAACUUGUUGUCCAUUGUACACGAUAAAGUGCGAUGCAAUUAACUUCAAAUUGAGCAAAACACACAAGAAAAUCCUAAAAAGGAUGAACAAAUUCUUACGAGAUGGAAGCAAAAAUGUACAAGACGAAGAUAAAAAUGCAGAAAAACGACAAGAUACGGAACGAGAAGAUAACGCUGAUGGGCAUGAAAUGUUUAUGCAACCAAAUAAAGCUCCCGUUACGCUUUGUUCGAUGAAUGAAAUAACGGAAAUGGAUUGCGGAGAUGUUCCUGUUGAAGUGUCAAAGACGACAACUCAAAAAAGUGAAGUUACGCCAUCGAAAAAUCAACAAGAAAUUAAUGCAACAAAAGGACCUGAUCCAAAUAAACCAAUUUGCAAGAAAGCAAAAGAGCUGCGACUUGAAAGGAAAAUGGCAAAAUUAGCGGAAAAGGGAUUGACGAUGCCUGAAGUUACGGGAAACGGUGUAAAAGCAAAUCAAGAAAAAACUUUGGAACAGUUUCUCGCUGAAGAGCCCGUCGGAGCUAAUGCUAAACACAAAUUGAAGUUUUCAAUUGUUGCGGUUGACAGUAGCGAAUAUCGGAAGACACUUGAGACGGAGUUUGAUUUGUACAAAAAGUAUCAAACCAUUGUGCAUGACGAUCCGCCAUCUGACAUCAGUGAAUUCGAGGAGUUUUUGGUAGAUAGUCCGUUGGAGAUACAAAAAGAUGCUGAUGCUCCUCCAAUGGGAUACGGAUCUUUUCAUCAACAGUAUUGGCUUGACAAUCGUUUGAUUGCUGUUGCCGUUAUUGAUAUUUUACCUCAAUGCGUUAGUUCUGUGUACUUUUUCUAUGACCCUGAUUUCUCUUUUCUUUCGUUGGGCACGUACGCGAGUCUUCGUGAAAUUGCAUUAACACGCGAAUUGCAAGCAACAACUUCUAGUCUCUCUAACUAUUACAUGGGAUUUUACAUUCAUUCGUGCCCCAAAAUGCGAUACAAGGGAAAAUUGUAUCCAUCGUACUUGCUGUGUCCCGAAACUUAUACGUGGCAUUUGUUGGAUGACGCAAUUCGAAAGCGUUUGGAUGUCGAAAAGUAUCAACGUUUCAAUCCGAAUGCUGAUGCAACAGAUCCCGAGGCCUUACAACAGAAUGACAUUUUGCUCACGAAAGUGCUUUACGGCAGAAAUAUCAUGCAUUAUGGAACGUAUGUUGAUCAUGCGGAAAAAGAUGAAAGCGAAGAAGUUCGUGAAUACGGAAAUCUCAUUGGAAGAAGUUGUUCACGCAGAAUUGUCCUAUUUAGAGGAUAAACUCUUCUGUAUUUGCUUACUUUAAACUUAUAUUGCAAUUAAACACUAAAUAAAAAUGAAAUAAAAUCAAAAAUUAAAAA